AUGAGAGCCGUUAGUGCCAUUACGGAAGCUGUUCGCACCGUCUUUUACGGUGUUACCUUGUUCGGCAUGGCAGGCACACUGCAAGUGGUCCAGUUGUCUUCGUUUGUUUUGUCCCCGUUCAGUACAAGAUGGGUCGUACGGAUCAAUUCUCAUCUCGUGGGUGUUGUAUGGAAGACUAUGCAGUUUAUCUUUGAGCGGGUGCAAAAAGGAAAGGUGACCUUUUCGGGCGAUCCUAUUCCUGAUCAUGAAUCAGCACUGGUCAUCAGCAAUCACCGUUCCUGGACCGACUUCUACAUGUUACAUUCUGUGGCUAUCCGUCGUCAUAUGCUUCAUAAUUGCAAGUAUUUUGUUAAGGAUUCCAUCAAAUGGCUACCUUUCUUUGGAUGGGGAAUGUGGCUUGCAGGAUUUUUGUUUGUGAAACGUAAUUGGUUGCAGGAUCAACGCAAGAUCCAGAAAACAUUUGAUGGCAUCAAAAAGCUUCAAACACCGGCAUGGAUCAUCAAUUAUGUCGAAGGAUCGCGUUUCACCCCCCAGAAGCUACAAGAGUGUCAAGAGUUCUCCCGAGGACGUGGUUGGCCCAUUAUGGAAAACGUUCUGGUCCCAAGAACAAAAGGUUUUGUUACCUGCGUUAAAGAAUUUCGAGGUUCCCAUGUUGAGUUUGUUUAUGACUUCACCAUCGUUUACAGACAUCGAGCGACAAAUGCAGUUUUCAACGAAGCACCUACCAUGAUUCGGGUGCAUGCCAAAUCUUUGGAUCCUGAGUAUGAUUUCCAUGUUAAUGUGAAACGUUUUGCUAUCAAAGACCUGCCAACGGACGACGAAGGUUUGGCUCGAUGGCUGAGAGAACGGUAUCUUGAAAAGGAUAAAUUCUUGGCCAAGAUGAAAUCCCACUGGACCGAUGGAUUAGGAGAAAAAGUGUGGGAAGAAUCUUUUUAA